AUGGCAGAAAAUAAUAAUGGAGAGGACCCAAACAGGAACUUUAAGGAAUUUCAUAUUGUGUGCUCCACCAUGAAGCCUCAAGGAGUUUCAGAACAGCAAAUCAAAUUGAGGGCUUUUCCUUUUUCAUUGGAUGAAGUGGCAAAAGAUUGGUUAUAUUACUUGCAACCAGUCAUUCAACAAUUAGAGAAUCAAAUUAGGCAAUUAUCUACUUCCAUUAAUGAAUUGAAGAAUCAAGGUUCUAGAAAGUUUCCUUCUCAAACAGUUGUGAAUCCAAAUUGCAGUAAUGUUAGUGCCAUCACUCUUAGAAGUGGAAAGGAACUUCCAGAGCCUACUACAAUAUCUACCAAGGAUAAGUUAGCUGUAGUAAAAACACAAGUUGCAUUUGAGGAGUCUAAUGAAGAAAAGGAACAAACGAAGAUCUUUCCAUUUCUAAAUAGGAAGGCUCUAAGAAAGAAGUUAAAGGAAGCUGAAUUGGAGAAAGAAGUACUUGAUGUUUUCAAAAAGGUUGAAGUCAAUAUUCCCCUUUUGGAGGCAGUAAAUCCUAAAUGUGCAAAGUUCUUGAAAGACCUAUGCACAAACAAGAGAAGAUUAGAAGCUAAUGAGAAUGUCAAUCUAAGAAGAAGUGUAUCAGCUUUAUUCCAUGGAGAAAUACAGUGCCAACCCCAUAUGCCUUUAAAAUGUAAAGAUCUAGGGAGUUUCACUAUACCUUGUACUAUAGGAAAUUUAGAAUUUUCUAAUGUUUUGAUUGAUCUUGGUGCAGUAAUAAAUGUUAUGCCUAAGUCUCUAUUUUCUUCUUUACAGGGUUGUGAGAUGAAGCCAGCUAGGAUGAUUGUGCAACUAGUAGACAUGAGACUUGCCUAA